AAAGAAGACAUGUCGAACAACACUUCCCCUGUUUCUCCCAUGCCCCUCUCUCAACAUUUCAGCGACUAUGGCUUCGAUCCUCAAAUCGACUACUUUCAGGUUUUGGAAGAGGCGAGAAAGCACAAGAAAGAAACUUCUUCCAUCGAUAGUACGCAUCAGUUCAAACUCCAGAAGCCUAUAUCCAAAGACGACCUGAUCCGAACCGCUCUCCACAACAACAAGAAGAAGCAACGUUGGUUCUUGAAAAACGCUUUGCUCAUCUUCAACUGGCGGAAAUGGCCAAGACGAAGCAGUCGUUACCCCGGAGAAGGAGACAUAGAGAUGGAACUUGACGUUCACAUGGCGAGGGCUAGGAACUUUCGCGCGUCAUCACUCGGACCCGGUUCGAUAUCUGGUCCGGUUUACGUGACUGAGAGCUGGAGCGGUACGAGCACACCGUACCGAACGAUGAGACCUUCUUCGCUGACGACGUCACCAGCUGCUAUUCCGUAUAUGAGUCUACGGGAGCUUAACAUGGAGCGGAAACAGAGGAGCAAUGCAUCUUCUUCUUCUUCUUCUAUGUCGGGUCCUCUUUACUUGGUCACGUGAAUGAUUUAUAACAUUAUGGGAUGGAC